AGUGUGCAAUGGAUUGUUUUGAAGCACACAACUAAUUUGACAGUCAAUCCGUACCGAGCUUGUUUAUUUAUUUUGCUAUUCGUAAAUUUUACAACCAAAUAAUUGUAGUUUUCUGGCAAAAUGUACGAGAAUCCUGUGCAAGAACUACAGUCGGAAGGGCUCCCGAACGAAGAACGAGAAAACUCCCUACCACCAAGUACCGUAGAUGGAAAUUCCUCAAAACAAUUUGAAGCGAACGAUGAUUGGAAUGAUAUUACUAAGGAAUUCUUCAACUGUGUUAAACAGCUUAAAAUGGGUGAACUGGUGCAUGACUCCACGUUCGGAUUGCUGGAUGCAAUGUCUGCGAUCGAAAUGAUGGACCCAAAAAUGGAUGCUGGAAUGAGCUGCAAUAGAGAAGCAACUCCCCUAACUUUCGAUACAGCGGUAGAGACCGGGCAAAUAAAGCUAAAUAAUCUUCUACCGAAAGAAUCGAUCGGCAUCAUCGAUGCAGUAUACUCGUGUACGGUAUCAUGGCUUGAAGGACACUCGAUGGCACAAACGGUUCUUACCUGUCUGUACUUACACAAACCGAACAAAAUCGAAUGCAAAACAAUCAGAUCGUUCUCGAUUGCAAUACAGAAAAUUAUUAAUCUGAUUCGUAAUAUUACACUCAGAGCGAAUGUGUACGAGGAAGAGGAUUUUCAGCACAGCUCGUUCGAUUAUAAUCUGAGUGCGGAAAUCACGGAAACGAAAGCGAUGAAUAUGUUGAAGGCAGCAGAAGAAGAACUUAUCAAAAAGGCCAAAGAUUCCGAAGAUGAGCGGGAGAAGGAAGAACUACAAGCGCUACUGGCCCGAGUUCGUUUCACCCGGCUGUUUUUGCUCAGUUUGGUGGGAGUGUAUCCGCUGAAGCAAGGUACAUCCUGGCAGCACGGUCAAGAAGUCGCAGCGCAAUCUACCGUUUCACUGAAGACAGAAAUGAUUGACAUCGUGAAAUCACUAAAUGGAGCCUUGGAACUAGCCCAGGUGAUAGAGAAAACGAUCGAAUUAGGAACACAGCCAGAGGAAGGAUCGGAUGCACCUAACCCGAUGGGGUUUUCCAUGAUGGUCAAUCAACGUUUGCUUCCACCAACGUUUCCUCGCAGUACGAAAAUUAAAGACCGCAAUCUAAGCAUACAAUACCUGACCGAGUUAAUUCAGCGCAUUAAACAUACGUGCAAAAUUAUCAACUGCACUAGCUACCAUGCAGCACUGAAUUUCUUAAUGGAUUUCAACAAAAAGUUUACACCAUGUCUGCUUUCUCGGAGCAUACCACAAACCCUGUACUUUCCGACCGCACGAAUGGUGUUCGGCGUGAAACCGUUCACGGAGGUUUUGAAGGAAUCGGUAAAGGCUUUCAUCGCACCACCGGCACUACGCCCGGACAACCCACUAUACAACAAUCCUUUCGCAAUUAGCUGCAUCAACUCUUUCUUCGAGUACAACGAACCACCGUUCCAUUCGUUGUUCGCUAUCUGUGGCUACAAUCGAGCCAGACAGCGUGAUCAUCUCGGGUUCUUACUGCUAAACUAUCCACACGUACAGGAUGGUGCGGAAAGGGUUGACGUGUACUUACACUCGCUCACGCCAAGAAGCGAAAAUUCACGCCAUUUAGCGUGCUUUGGCACCUGGGCGUUCUAUCACUGUCUGCGAGCAAUGUCCUUCUAUCUGCUGGCCGGGUUGGAGCUUGAGCUGUACAGCGUUCACGAGUAUCUGUACAUUUUCUGGUAUCUGUAUCAGUAUCUGUUCAGCUGGAUCGUAUCCGCUCUGACGCGCGCGGAAACGUUUCUAGCCGAGCAGGAAUAUGCGGCCGAUCCGAAAGCGGUUAAAUCGAACCAGAAGAAACCGAAGUCGAAAAAACGUAAAGCAAAAACGGACGUAAAGGAAAUACUCUUUAACGAAGCGAUGGAAACACUGUGCGGUGGGUACUACAAAGCUUUGGCCGGAUUUAUAAAAGAAGAUCGCAUCCCGGAACCGCUGCCCAUGUUUGAUAACGAGCAGGUACGCUUCGAGCAUCGUUUUGCACCGUUUGCGAAUCUCACCACACCGCCACCGAUGCCGUACAGUGAGUUUAAGCAGAUGAAAAUGAUAAUGCUACAAUCGUCCGCAACGGAGCUGUAUGCGGCGGCAGCGAAACACUUCCACGAGGCACGCACACUACUCGAAACGUUUCCAAACCCGGACGAGGAGUGGAACGACAUAGUGAAGGUGGCGAAGAUGAACUUUGUCAUGAUGAAUCUGCUGGCCAGUGGACACAGCCGACAGUCGAAGCUGCCACCAGAAUUUGACUUUUCCUGCCACCGAUACUUCCCCAUCAUUAAACAAAGAAAGUGAACGAUGGACUGGAGGAAUAUAUACUCUAAAUUCUCUAGUGGUGAACACAUGCUAUAAUUUAUUUCAAUAGAAAGCUUUACCCGAACGUGUUUAACGUGGUAGUGGACCAAA